ACGUGUAUUUCUUACAAAAAAUCAACAAUUUUUAUUAUUGAUUUCAUAGGGGUGAUUAAAAUGGAAUUAAUCAAGGAGAUCGCGGUGUUGGAGUCGGGCCGUUCUGCUUGGCAGGCGAUGGAACAAAUGAUCAACUCAGGGAUUCAAGACGCUUUUUUCGUCAUGGACGUAGGGGAAAUUGUGCGCAGACACCAUGAGUGGAAAUUGAAGCUUCCCUCAGUCGAGCCUUUUUACGCCGUCAAGUGCAAUGACAGCCCGAUGGUGCUUGAAGUCUUGAAUGCACUCGGAACUGGCUUUGACUGUGCCUCCGAGGGUGAAUGUGCUAAAGUCUUGGCAAUGGGCGCUGAUCCCAGCAGAAUCAUCUUCGCCAACACCGUCAAGCCAGCCUCGCACAUCAACUUCGUCGCUAAAGCAGGAGUGGCAACCCUGACCUUCGACAACGAGGAAGAGUUGUACAAAAUCCAGGCCCUCUACCCAUCAGCAAAAUUGGUGAUUCGAAUUCGUUGCGACGCGAGCUCAGCCCAAUGCGUGCUUGGAAUGAAGUUCGGAGUCGAAGUAGAGGACGCAUUUCCCCUCCUGGAGACGGCCCGUGCCCUCGGUCUGGACGUGGUCGGGGUCAGUUUUCACGUAGGCUCUGGCUGCUCCGACCCGCCUGUGUUCCAGCGGGCCAUCCAAGCUGCUCGAGGCUUGUUUGACGCCGCCAAGCGAAUCGGGUUUGAAUUCACCUUGCUGGACAUUGGAGGCGGAUUCCCAGGCAACAAGGACUCUUCUCUUGAUAAUAUUGCUGAUGUGGUGAACAGUGCGUUGAAAGAAUUCUUCCCUGUUGGUUGUGGAGUGAGAGUCAUCGCCGAGCCAGGCCGGUUUUACGUAGCCUCCGCGUACACCCUGGCAACCCUGAUUCACUCCAAGCGAAGGGUUAAGAACAAGGACGGCACCAACUCCUUCAUGUACUACAUCAACGACGGCAUCUACGGCAGCUUCAACUGUCUCAAAUAUGACCACGCGGUCGUCAAACCGAUUCCCCUCAAGAGGUCUAAAGCCAACAAGGAACCGGCCAUUGGAACUAUUUGGGGCCCAACCUGUGACGGCGAGGACCAGGUUACCGGUCCUUUGAUGCUGCCGGAAAUGGAGAUCGGGGAUUGGUUCGUCUUCGAAAACAUGGGGGCGUACACUCUGCCCAUUUCUUGCGGGUUCAACGGAAUGCCCGUCCCGGAAGUGAACGCUUUCGCCGAUGAAAAAACACUGCUCGAGCUGAAGAAUAUCACGACUCUAAACAAGAAAAAUGACCUCUAAGUGGACUUAGACCUUUAACAGGACAAUUAAAUUCCCUAAUUUUCAAUCUGGAACGUUACAUAGAC